AUGAGUGAACAGCUGAAAUUCAUCGUGGAACAGCUAAAUAAGGACCCAUUCAAGAAAAACUUUAACCUCAUCACGUUUGACUCCCUCGAGCCGAUGCAGCUGCUGCAGAAUUUAAAUGAUGUCCUGGCUGAAAUAGACCCAAAGCAAGCUAUAGAUAUCCGUGAAGAAACGCCUGAACACACCAUAAAGAGAAUGUGUGCUCUGCUGGGGAUGCUGAAAUACAAACCUCCAGGCAACCUCUCUGAUGUGAGCAGCUUUAGACAAGGUUUGGUGACUGCCAGCAAGCCUGUGGUCCACCCUAUCCUCCACUGGCUGCUACAGAGGGUCCCUGAACUGAAGAAAAGGGCUUAUCUGGCUCGAUUUCUAGUCAAACUGGAGGUGCCUGCAGAGUUUCUGCAGGAUGAUCUUAUCAAUGAAACCUUUCAAAAGUAUGAAGAACUGGUGGAAGAUUUCAAGACAAAUCACAAGGAUUGUGAGCUGCUGAGGACUUCAGGCUUCUCCACAGCAGAAAUCCGAAGGGAUAUUAGUGCGAUGGAGGAAGAGAAAGACCAAUUAAUCAAACGUGUGGAGAGGCUGAAGAGGAGGGUGGAGUCAGUGUCCAACCAUCAACGGAUGCUAGAACAGGCCAGACAGCUGCGAGUGGAGAAGGAGAGAGAGGAGUCACUCACUCAUCAGAAGCAAGAACAGAAGAACCAACUGUUCCAGGCAGAGCAGAGACUGCAGAGAUCGCAGCAGCAGUUGAAGGAUUUGCGACAGGCAGCAGCAGAUGCCAAUCCAGAGAGCUUAAUGAAGAGGCUUGAAGAGGAGAUCAAGAUCAACUCCUACAUGGUCUCUGAGAAACUCCCUAAAGAGCUGGAGGGUAUGAGGCGCACAGUGCAGUAUCUGCAGAAAAUAGCGGCAGAGCCUGCCAUGGGCCAGGCUGAUCUACAGGAGCUGGAGGACAAGAUUAAAGAAGUUGAUUCUCAGAUAAAUCAUCUGAUUGAGAAGAGGAUGAUGAGAAAUGACCCCAUGGAUGACAAACUGACCCUAUACAGACAACAGGCCUCCAUCAUCUUUCGAAGGAAGGAGUCGAAGGCCGAGGAGCUCCAGGAAGCGAGGGAGGAGCUGGCCGCAGCAGAGAGGGAGCUGAGGCUGAGGUCCAGCCAGGCACAAUCCUCAGAUGGGGGAGAGGUCAUCCGUGGUGAUGAGCUGAAACGUUUGGUGGUGAAACUGCGCAGCAAGGGAACCAUAUACAAGAAGAAACGCCAGGAAAUCGCUGAGCUGAAAGCAGAAUAUGGAGUCCUGCAACGAACCGAGGAGAUUCUCAAGCAGAGACAUGAGACCGUCCAACAGAAACUGCAAAUUGUGGAAGCGGAGAAGGGCAUCUCUGGCUACAGUGACACUCAGGAGGAACUGGAGAGGGUGUCAGCCAUCAAAAGCGAGCUGGAUGAGAAGAAGGGCCGCACACUGGAUGGCAUGUCUGAAAUGGUGAAGAAAUUAAACUCUAUGAUAGGGGAGAAGAGGUCAGCUCUUGCACCCAUUAUAAAAGAACUGAGGUCACUGAGACAGCGGUGUCAGGAACUAAGCCAGGAAUAUGAGGAAAAGAAGGCACAAUAUGAAAGUUGCACUGCUGGUUUGGAGAGCAACAGGUCUAAAUUGGAGCAGGAGGUAAAAACAUUGAGAGAGGAGACAGCACAGGAUGAAAACCGAUAUCAUUACAUCAACUCCAUGUCAGAGAUUAUUGAGAUGCAAAUACAGCGGGCGACCGAAGAGAUGAAGGCCUACGUGUCCUCUGAUCCACAAGAGAGAAAGAAGGCCAUCAGGGAAGUUUAUAUGAAGAACAUUUCAGAACAGGAGUUGCUUGGCAAGAAGUUACGUGAGAAGCAGAAGAUGGUGAGGGAGAGCCACAGUGCCAACAUGGAGCAGAUGACGAUGUGGCGUGACCUGGAGCAGCUGAUGGAGUGCAAGAGGCAGUGUUUCAUAAGAGCUCAGAGCCAGGCAUCUAUCGGUCAGGUCAUCCAGGAGGGAGGAGAGGAUAGGCUGGUUCUGUGAGGUCACGUUUAGGCAGGGUCAACUGCAGGUCACCUACAGUAUAUUUACUACAGAGUUCAACUUCAAAGAAUACUUCACCUGCAAAACGACCAUUUGUACAUCAAUUACUCACUGCGUGGUAAAUUGAAUUUGUGAAGAAAACUUUGUCUCACAUGCCUCCGCACAAGUCGUGCAGUAUAAUCAAAGUCUAACUUAUCCAGUUGUAUGCUCAGUACUUCUCAAACACAUGCAUUUUCACUAAAACAUAAUGAUUUAAAGCAGGUUAGUACAAACAAUCUAAUGCACGGCCCAGUAGCAUGCCUGGACAUGUGCGCAUUUGAACUCAGCUCAAGCAGAGCUCAUACGUACACGUGUUCGUGAUCCCUGUCUUAUAUUGUAACGUUUUAGCGAAAAUGCAUGUGUUUGAGAAGUACCGAGGAUGCGAUUGGAUAAAUAGACUUGGAUUAUACUGCACAAGUUGCAUGAGAGUUUGUAAACAGAUGUUUUAAUAUAGUUUUGCUGUUGUUAAACAUGGUCCCCUGUGACUUUAAUUUAUGAAGAAUGUUUACUGUUUUGGAUUCUCUGUUCAUCAUGGAGACAUGCAAGUAAGACAACGUUUCUUUCAUUGGACAUAAAAAGCAUUGAGUAACUGAUAAACAAAUGGUCAUUUUGUCAGUGAGGCAUUCUUUAUAUUUUGUAUCUUUCUAUCUCUAACAUGUCUACAUCUUUUUACAAUAUAGUUGUUAUAUAUUACUAGACACUACCCAACAAGGUUUGUGUCAUUGUUUGGGGGGUUCAUCUUUCCCAACACCUUGUCUGUUACACACUGCCAGUUGAGUUCCACUUGAUAGUUUAUCUUGUGUAAGAACCACACCACUCACAACUUUCUGAUGACACGGUUUAAGAUCCUUUGAGAAUCCACAACCUAAAGAGCACAUGUGUCUGGGGGUGUUGUGGGACUCCGAUAUUCCCUUUCUCUGGGCCCUGGAGACUCCCAUUUUGCCAUAUCUUUAAGAAUACGCUUUCAAUCAAGGUGUCCAAAGAUAACAGCAUACAAAGUGGUGCACUCGGGAUGUGGCCGCAGUCAACUAUUUUUGGCAUCGACUACCAUGACCUUGGACAGGGUAUCUUGCCAAUUUUGGAAUUCACAGGGACCUCCAUGGCUUUGGACAGUGUGGAUUAAAUAGUCAUAUCACUCUCCUUGUUUUUAUUUUAUACCAUUACAUACACUAUUUUUCUAUAAUAGAUCCUUAUUUCAAGAUAACCUUUGAUAUUUAAGACAUACACAGUUACAUAUUUUGGUUGUCUGUAUUUCUAUUAAAUGUAUUUUAUAUAUUUA